AUGAAGAAAGCUUAUGAGUUAUCGGUGCUUUGUGAUUGCGAAAUUGCUCUGAUUAUAUUCAAUUCGACCAACAAACUGUUCCAGUAUGCCAGUACGGAUAUGGACAAAGUUCUUCUCAAAUAUACCGAAUAUAAUGAGCCGCAUGAAAGUCGCACAAAUACCGAUAUCAUGGAAGCACUGCAAAGGAAGGAAAGUAAAUCGGGUGGCGCCGAAUCCGAUGACGAUUCGCCCGGUUCCUCAACCCCUAAUCUACCGAACGGCACUGCUCCAGCUGCUCCUUCAGGCACUUCAUCUGCAGCAUCGACUGCACCAGUUACUACGAGUCCCGAUUUCAACGGUGUUUCCAAUAUAGCACAGCAAAUUUUCAAUCCCAAUGUGUUCCUCACCCAUCCGAUUGUUUCUUAUAACGGUACACGUGGCGCAACUGGAACUGCAAGCUCUGUGAAUCGACCGCAGCAAAUGGAGCCGGUCAAAACGCAUCAGCUGAAUUUUCCCUCAACAAGCACAUUUCCUGAUUACAGUGACUGUUCCACAAGUCCACGUUCGGUUGUCACCGCUGCUGCAGCAGCAACAGCAGCUGCUGCUGCCGCUGCUGCUGCAGCCAACAGUCGAAGUUGUACAGAUAGUCCAGUACCAGGUCGUGAUCAACGAGCUGAUCUUGGUCAAGUACGGAAUGAUGCACAGCAGCUGCAACUUGUCGUACGUCCGGAAACAAGCGCACGUGCUGCUGCUGCAGCUGGUGGUGGGCAUGGUACGGAUUUGAGCCGGACAUCCGGUAGCAGUUCCACACAGGUUGCACGACCCGGUCAUGAAUUGAGUCAAGAGCAACAACAACAACGGCAACAACAACUCAACCUUAUUGGCUCAUCGUCAUCAGCUUGGCUCGCAGCUAUGCAGCCCAAGUCUUAUAUCAAAAAUGAGCCCAAUUCACCGCCUGAAAAACGGACACGCAUAAACGAUUGGCAAACGCAGUCCAUUUCGUAG